GCCGACAUGUAGCAUGGUCUCCCGGGAGACCGGGAAAGCCGUUCGCACUGGGAGUCGAGGUCUAGAACUCAUAUUUUGGGAAAUUAUGGAUCGUCACAUCCCCAUGCAUGAAUUACCUGAAGAAAUCCAAAAGAUGUCUCCUGAAGAAAAAGUUUGUAAGUACUGUGGAGUCAGCUAUCUUAUUCUUCAUGAGUUUAAGGCUAUGGAAGAAAAAGUGAAAGUGAUGGAAAAAGAGAUGAAAUUUUAUCAAGGAAGCGUAGACCGUGAAAAGAGACUUCAAGAAAAGCUACGGUCUCUUAGUCAAGAUUUUGAACAGUACAGAAUUGACAGUGAAUCCAAAACAGAAAGAAUUCAAGAUGUAAGCAUGCAGUUAAAAAGUCAACAAUAUGAAUUUCAGAGAGUACAGAAAGAAUUGAAUCAUUUGCAACAUGAAUUAAAAAUUAAGCAGAGACAAUCACAAGUAUUCAGUCAAAGAUUGGUGGAGUACAAAUAUUUCUGGAAUAAGACUCUUUCAUUACUUACUUUUACUAAAAGGGAGCUAACCAGUAUUAAAAAUGAAGUAUAUGAUAAUUUUCAAAACUGGACUUCACUGAAAGGAGAAGUUUUUCUACAAAUUAAAUCCAUAAGUGAAACAGCCUUGACAGAAAUAGAGAUACUAAAGAAAAGUUUGACAGUGUCCCAGAGAAAUAAGAUAUGCCUUGAAGAGGAAAUGAAAAAUCUGAAAUUGUUGUCAGAUGCAGACAUGUUGAGGUCUCAGCAGAUUCAGACAUCCAAACAACAGGAAGUAAACUUGCAAACCAGAUGCCAUGACUUGCAAAAAGAAGUACUAGAUUUACAAUGUCAAGUAGAGGCACUUGGGCUAAACCUUCAGAAGGCAGUGACCAAGAUUGACAACUAUAAAGCAAAGCUCAUGAAUAAAUCUAAUGAAGCUGAUGACUGUCAAAGAGAACUUAGAAAACUGAAGUUUGAAUCCAUUAUUUCUGAGUCACGGCAUACCAGAUUGCUUAAAGAGAAAGAGGAUUCUUUAAUGGCUUGUCAACAAAUAUAUAAAACUUUACAGGAAGAACUGACUGCAAAAGAAAGGCAAGAAGAAGACAUAAAAAGAAGAAUUAACCUUGCAGAAAAUGAACUACAGAUAACCAAAACUCUUCUGACUCAGACAAGGGAAGAGGUUGUAACACUGAAAAAUGAAAGGGAAUUAAUGCUGAUUUCACAUCAGAAAAGCAUCGAACAGCUGCAGGAAACCCUCAGACAGAAGCUGCUGAACGAUGAUAACUGGAGAGAGAAGACUGAAGCUGAGCUGGCCAAGGAAAGAGCCCGACAUUUAGUUGAAUUUGAGGAGCAAGCUCUGCUUUUUAAGGAAGAAGCUAAGCUAGAGCUUGAUAUUGAAAAGGAAAAACACCAAGAAAUAAUCCAAAAGUAUAAGAAAGAACAAGAGGAACUACAAACAAAGAUAUCGGACUUAAUCGCAAGUGCUACUAGAGAUCUAAGGCUGGAAGUGACCACUCUUGAAGAGAAGCUCCGUGAAUCUUAUAUCCGGUAUACUGAAGAUUCUGAAUCAAAGGAGAAAGAAAUCGAAAACCUUAAAAAUGUGGUUGCAGAAUUUGAAUCCCACUUGAAGAAGGAAAUUGAUAGUAAUGAUUCUGUUUCAGAGGACUUGAGGAAGGAAAUGCAGCAGAAGUCAGACGAGCUAGAAAGAGUAAUGCUGGCACAAACACAACUGAUACAGCAGUUUCACCAGUCCCAGGAACAGAACACUUUUCUUCAGGAAACAGUGCGUAGGGAGUGCGAAGAACGCUUUGAACUGACAGAGGCUUUGAGUCAAGCCAGAGAACAACUUCUGGAGCUCAGGAAGCUCAGUGGAAGUUCACCUUUGUCACCGUGUUCCCUUAACCAGGGCAGCCUAACCUCCUCUGCUGCCGUGGUCAGUAAUCAGGGGGAAAGAAGCCUUACAAGACUGAACUCUGGGAAAGGAAUCAAAAUUCCCAGCCUGCACAGAGUGGCAAAACCUACCACUUCCCCAACCUUGGCUCAGUCCCAGAGGCUCAGCAGCUCAGGUUUGCCCACUGUGCCCCAACCGCAUCCUCCCUGGGGUGGAGCAUCGUCAGUAAAUGAGACCAGACAAAGGCUGGCUACCAUUCUGCGGAGGAGACUGAGCCAGCAGUGAUUGGUCCAGUCCGGAGCAGCUCCACACAGCACACCCGGUCUUACCCAGCGGGCCAGAGAUGCACUGUGACUGAGGGUGACAAAGGCCAUAUUAUUAUCACAGAUCAAGAAUGCACGGUUAUAGAUAUUUUUAAUAGCAUAAUUGGAAAAACUAGGAAUUGUGAAGCCACAUUUUCUAAGAGACCUUUGAAAUUGCCACGGAUAAUGAAGUUGCUGAUAUUCCAGAGGGCCAGUUUCUAUACUUCUAUAUUGCAUGUUUAGAUGUGUUCUAUGAAUGUGCCCUUUUAGAGAUCAUAGGUAAAAUUUUUCACUCAUGGCAUCUUUGCUAUUUUUUUUGCACCAUUACAAGCAGAUAUAUUUCCACAAAAAAUAGAUUGUAUUGGUUGUGUCUGUUUUUGUUCCUUUGUUUGUUGAGCUGAAUAGGUUAAAUAGAUGUAAUUCAUAUUCCAAAUAGAAAAUGGAAGUACUUUAGUCCUAAAUCGGAUAAUUUCCAAAAUGUUCAGUUCAAAUAUUCACAGAAUUCAUCAUCAUCAUAGAAACCUUCUCUUUUUCAUCUCACAAUCUAAUUGGUUAAUCGAAUUUCUUUUUAGGCCAGAAGUAAAGAUAGGUACCCUUCAAGAAGGCAGUCCUCCCUGUGAACCUGGGACCUUCUAGGAAAAGGGACAGCAACUCCAAUUCAAGGAAACGGUGGUUUACUUUUCAAACUAUAGAGAUUAUUUAAAAAAAAAACAAAGAGCCUGGCUGACCAUGAAAAUAUUACUUGGUAGAGAUUUUCUACAUUGAAUGCUUUUUGGUAAUCACUGCUGGAUUUUGAUUUGAACUUGUAUCCUUCAACCAUUGGGAAAGGAACUAACUCAAGACCAUUCUAUAGAGUCACGUAGUGCUAAUUUGGGGUUCACAUUUUAUUACUCCCCAAGAUAGGCAACUGGUUAACAUAUUUUCUAUUUUCAGAGUGAAAAACUAAAACCAGCAACCAAAACCAGCUAUUUUAAGUUAUAGAGCUUCAGGCCCCUCCUGUUUCUUAAAAUACAACUCUUUACCUUAAGUUAAUGUUUGUCUAUCUUUUCCCCCUUCAAACUGAAAUGUAUUUUUCUUUCAAGACUGACUUUACUUAAAUCCUUCAUCUGACUCUAUCAGGGACAUCCAGGCUUCUUGCUCCCGGAUGAGGAUAUAGUAACACGUGUGAAAUAUGGCACGUAAAACUCUCCUCUGUUUGGCUUUUAUACUGAUGAGAGAAUCCAAAGGUACUUGGAAUCCUUCCCAUCUGAAAAAAAAAAAAAAAAAAGUAAAGCUACUAAGUAAAUUCAGGUUUAUGUCUAAUCUUUCAAAGGAUUAGUCUAAUCUACCAGUAGAGUGUUUUCCUAAAAAAAUAAAUAAAUCAAUUCCACAUUAGUUCUUCUGAUUUCCCUGACUGGUUGAAAUGAGUACAUCUUGUGUUAAGUCUUAGAAUGUUGCAUUUUGCUUUACAGAGAUCAGUAUUCCUUAUAAUGGCAUUUGAAAAGAGAACAAAACAUCAUAGAAUGGUGACCCCCAACCAUCUCUUUCCAAAUAUGGAAUAGAUGCCCAAAGAAGUCUGACUUGGCUAAAGCAGGACAGCUAAUUAGUGGCAGCUAAAACCAGACCACUUUUAACUGACCCCAAGUUUCCACCUCAUUUUUCCACUCAUCACAUUGCCCAGCCUCCAUCAUGACAGAAGCUCUAAAUAGUAUUUACCUAAUAUUUUCUUUAAAUGCACUUACUUUUUAAACUUAAAGUUAUAUAAGAAGAAAACUUGACCCAAAAAAGAAUAACUGUAGAGUAAUGAGUUUGAUUUGCUAGGUGUAUUUUUUCUAAUACUUUAAAUGUGUAUCUAUUAAAGUACGAAAUGUUAUUGUACCCCCGAAAAAUCAUCUUGUAUAAUGACAGUAGUACUCAUGCCACACUUUGGGAACCUCAAUGUUUCUGAUCUGGUAUUUGCAUGUUUAUUGCAAGUACCGGUGACAUAAGGUAGAUGGCAAAAGCUAGUGAAAUCUUUAGUAAAAAGUAUACAAGAAUAUUUGGGGCAGCAGUCUUUGUCAUCAGAUGAUACAUGUUUUUCCAAGUCUCGCAAUUUCAGCUAUCUUCAGGAGCCAUGGGGAUAUAAUUUCCCAAAAUAUGAACAGAUUUAAAUUUGUGAAGAAAGUCAUACAUAAGCUUUUCUAAAGCGAUGUAAAGACCAUCAGUGCAAAACCUGGUUUCUUGGUUUGCUGUUACACUCUUGCUUUAUAAUGAGUAAUUAUGUAAAUAAUCUUUCUGAGAAUAGAAUCAGGAUGUGCAGUAUGGCUGUGUUAUAUUCCACAAGUAUAUUAGAAAGGUAAUUCUGUGGAUAAACAAAGAGACAAUAUUUACAUUCGUUUCAGACUAGACCACUUGAAUGGUGCCAUCUAAGCUAUGUGCUGGUAUCUUUCAAAGAAGAGACAAAGAAAAGAGAAUCACAUUAGCGUAUGUAAAGGGGGGGUUAAUAACACAAACUUUCCUUGAUCUUCUCACUGAUGAGCUAACUCCUACCAUGAAACAGUAUCAGGAAUGUUAAGGAAGUAGUGACUACUAUAGCAAACUAAAGCUCUCAAAUGCAUAUAAUGGAUAUUAAUUUAAAUCUAUUAGUUUUAAUUUCUCCCUAUAUAUAUGUUUUCCAUGACCUCAAUGGAAGCAUUGAUAGGUACAAAAAGAAAAGAAUACCACAGAAAAUAUUCCUCACAGAAUUAUACCAUAUUUGUUUUUUCUUCUUAAACUACUGUUGAUAGACAAAGAUGGGAGAAUUCAUCUAUAGUUAACGUAGAUUUCUCAAGUAAUUUUUGAAAGUCUUAUUGAAUUAAAUUACCAUAUUUAUACUUAGAAUUACUUAAAAGUUAUAUUUCCUGGCAAUGGAAUUGACUAGAAGAGGUAUUAAUGUUGAAAAUUAUAUAAAACUGGGGCACCUGGGUGGCUCAGUCGUUAAACGUCUGCCUUCAGCUCAGGUCAUGAUCCCAGGUUCCUGGGAUCGGGCC